AUGGAUUCUCGUAGAUCAAACCCAAAAUCCAAACGAAGCCAAGAAGAGUCAAAAUCUUCUUCUCGGUCUCCUUCUCCACCUAAAGAAAAAUCAUCAGACAGCCCAAAGGACAAUAUCAUUAACUCGUUACUACAACCCUUAGAAGAAAAAAUCCAAGAAGAAGUCAAAGAAGAGCUCAGAGAAACAUCCAAAAAAAGCUCAAAACUCAAUAGAAUGCAAGAAGAAGAAUAUCAAGAAAAUAUUGUAACUCCUACAUCAUUGGUGCCAGUCGAAAGUGAAGGCCCACACACAUUUGUUACGCAGAAAAAAGAGGAAGAAAAGCCUGGAGAAGCCCCGUGAACUAUAAAUGAUUUGUUGUUUCCAGGAGGAAAAGUAGCAAAACUGUGUAGGAUUUUGAAUCCGAGAAGUAAGGAUAUUAAGCUUGGGGAGAUUUUGAAAAGAUGUGGGAUAAAUGAAAGUCUGCCUGUUAUUAUGCUGGCAGGAGCGGAAGGGGACCAAAAAGCUAGGCUUUUGAUUGGGAUUGCUAGAGCUGCAUAUAGCACAGAUGCAGUUAUAAUAGAUAAUGGGCUUAAAAUGGGUAUUGAAAAUAAAAAAAAAUUAUAUUUUAAAAUUUAUUUUUUAUUUGAAUUAAUUUAAAUAAUAAAAAAAAGUUAUUUUUCCCCCCUUAAAAGUGGAAUCGAACAAGCCUGCGCUCGCAAAAAGGUUCGGCUAAUUGGAGUAUGCCCUGAAGAAUUGAUUGUCUAUCCUACUAAAGCUUCUAGUGGUGACCGUCUAGGAGAACUCAGUGCUGGGCAUUCUCAUCUAUUUAUAGUAGGCUCCAAAGGAGACAAUAUGAGAUGGGACAGUACCGUCCCCUUGAAAAUCGAUUUAAUUGAAAGGAUUCGAAAAGGAAGAGGAGGUCCAGGCUCUUUUACAUGUCGAGCUAUUUGUGUGUUAGUUGGCGAUAACUCAAACUGCUUAUGGGAGGUAGAAAAAGCAAUAAAAGCAGGGUGGCCUGUAUUAGUUAUUGAAGGAAGCCCAAUAGGAAGAGAAGUGUCAUCUAUAUUAAAAGGUGGGCAUUCUACGAUGGGCAAAAGUUUCCAAGAGGCUAUAAGAAAUGGGAAGAUUUUUAUGUUUCCUGAGUCUGGAACAGCUGAGCAUUUAGCAUCGGCCGUGCACUUGCAUCUUGCAGUAACUUUAUAG